AGCACAACGUAAGGUAGCAAGAGAGAGAGAGAGAGAGAGAGAGAGAGAGAGAGAGAUGGAGUGCAGAAAUUUGGAGUUGACCCUUAAUUCUGCAAAUGAUUUGAGAGAAGUACGAAGAUUUUUCAAAAUGAAAGUUUAUGCCAAGGUAUUUAUCGGAGGUAACAAGACAAUGGAGAAGCGAACUCCGGUAGACAAACAUGGUCAAACCAAUCCUGCAUGGAACUACACCAUGAACUACGCCGUAGGCGAGUCAUGGGUAGAGCACCAUGGCACGAUGCUUGUGAUCAAACUAUAUUGUAAGCGUAAACUUGGGGAUAGAUAUAUAGGAGAAGUACAUCGAUCCUUGAAAGAGCUUUACGAUUAUGCAUAUCCGAUUGGUGGCAGUGCAGUUGUCCGUUUUCCUUUGAAUUUAGGUUCCAUUGAGUCACAAGGACAACUUUGUUUCUCAUAUAGGUUUGGUGAAAAAGUCUCCAUUGAGAAGCUAAUGCUUGCAGAGAGCAUUGCUUCCUUUUUACUUACCGGUUCCGGUGGUACAACUCCAUCUUAGUCGCCUUCGCCAUUACUGUCGCCAACCCUAUUUGAUAUCUUAUGUAAAUAUAUAUGUUGUAAUAUUACAUAAUAGGCUCUCAAGUUUGUUUGCAAAUCUAUUUAUCUAGAACAAUAAAUGAUCUGUUGGAGCCCCAAAUCAGUUAGAUUUUUAUCAUCUUUCCUCUAUAUUUAUUGGAACUCCUUUAUCUUCUC